AUGGCACCGCUCCCUCUCGCAAGAUCCACACCAUACGUUCGAGCAUUUUGUUAUACUGGAGUCGAUUACUUUGGUCCACUUCUCAUAAAACAAGGUCGAAGUGAGGUGAAACGUUGGGUAGCGCUCUUCACCUGCUUAACAAUUCGAGCAGUACAUUUAGAACCUGUAUCUAGUUUAUCCACCGAGUCCUGUAAAAUGGCGAUUCGAAGGUUUGUUGCACGGAGGGGAGCUCCAAUGGAAAUUUAUAGCGACCAAGGUACCAAUUUCCUGGGCGCAAAUCGCGAGCUGCUGCAGGAAUAUCGGGAAAUCAACAAUAAUCUAGCUGCUUCAUUCACCAAUGCGGUAACACAAUGGCGUUUCAAUCCGCCUUCCUCGCCACACAUGGGGGGUGUAUGGGAACGAUUGGUUCGUUCUGUAAAGUGUGCACUUGCCUCCCUAUCAACGAUGCGGAAACCAAACGAUGAAACAUUUGGCACGUUAUUGGUCGAGGCCGAGUCGAUUGUCAACUCAAGACCUCUCACUUAUAUGCCAAUAGCCACUGAAGAUCAAGCAGCGCUAACACCGAACUGCUUUCUAAUGCUAAGUACCAGUGGUGUCAAUCAGCCAGCUGUAGGAAUUGCAGUGAGCCAAUGCCAAAGCAGUUCUAGCUGGAAUAUCUGCCAGUGUCUUUUGGACCAGUUCUGGUGUCGCUGGAUAAAGGAGUACUUGCCGACAAUAACCAAGCGUACUAAGUGGUUCGAAGAGAGUAAGGCGGUGGAAGCUGGUGACUUGGUCGUGAUAGUAGAGGAUCAUCAACGGAAUGGAUGGACAAGAGGAAGAGUACUUCAAGUGAUCCUUGGGCGAGACGGCAGAGCCCGCAGUGCAGAUGUGAAAACAGCAACAACAGUGCUGCGGCGACCGGUGGCGAAGCUGGCAGUCCUCGAGGUUAAUGGUACAGCUACAGAAAUCUCCAAGCAAUACGGGUUGGGGGAUAUUCGGGACAGCCGCUCUCCAGAUGCCGGUCACCCUAUGGUUGAUAAGGAGAUAAGAAACUCACACAUAUAA